CGAGAAGGAAUAGAAUAGAUAGCAACAAUGGCGAAGAGCAAGGACGAUAUAAAGUACGGGACGGCGCAGGCGAAGUUAUCUGAGGACGAGGCGAUGAGGAUUCGGUACAAGCACGGCUCUCCGUUGGAAGGUGGCAAGAUAGCUGACUCCCAGCCGGUGGAAUUGUUCUCUGGUGCUCAUAGCGUCGCCGAUGCUAACGCUGAUGAAAGGGAUUCCUCCGGCGGUGGUCAGUCUCAGCCGGAUCGGCCGCGAGGCGGUGUGGCCGGGGAGAAAGCUACCGAUCUUCCCACCGGAGCCGGCUGAUGGAGAAUCGGGAUAACUUUGUAUGCUUUCUUAGUUUAGGAGUCUUGUCCUUGUUUGGAGUUUGUUAUCGAACUAAAUAAGUGUUUGCUACUUUGCUUGCAAUAAUUACCGGUAGUCCGU